AUGGGGCAUCAGGUGAUAAUAUUUGACUUUUCGCUCAUAAGAGGACUCUGGGAGGCUCGAGUCAAGAAGAACAAAGAACGUCAGAGGAAAGAGAAAGAGAGAUUAGAAAAAAGUUCAUUAGAGAAGAUAAAGCAGGAAUGGAAUUUCAUACUGGAAUGCCGGAAGAAAGGCAUUCCCCAAUCAAAAUACCUCAAGAAUGGCUUUGUAGAUAUUGAUGAGAAAAUCUUGGACACAUGUGGAAAAACUCCUCAGCUACAGAAGAGGCUUAGUCUGUCAGAUGAAACAAAUAAGGAGAGAAACAAAUUUAUUUUUCAUCUUUCGGGAGAACAGUGGAUGGAAUUCCCAGAGUCUCUGAAAGAUCAUACCUAUCUGAAAGAAUGGCAUGUAAGCAAUACACUGAUUCAAACAAUUCCAGACUAUAUUGCUUUGUUUCAAGAUUUGAGAGUUCUGGAGUUAUCAAAAAAUCAAAUCAACCACCUCCCAGUGGAAAUUGGCCACUUAAAAAAUCUCAAAGUACUCAAUGUAAGUUUUAAUAAUUUGAAGUCUGUCCCUCCGGAGUUGGGUGACUGUGAGAAUCUUGAAAAACUGGAUUUGUCUGGAAAUGUCAAGGUGGAGAAAAAUACUCCUCUAGAGAAAAUGACUCCAAGGCAGAUCCCAGGAUUUGUGGGAUCUCCCUGUUAUGCAGUUAUCAUUGAAAAAAGGGAUCCCUUACAUGUUUUGGGAAGUAUCUCCCCAUAUCACAUGGCAGAUUACUUUCAGGGACUUAGCAAGGAUGUACUGAUUAAUAAAGAAAGACAAUUGGCUGCCUCCACAGUGGCAUGGCCACUAUUAAAUGCCUUAAAUCAUGCUGAAGUAAGAAAUAAUACUUUAGAGAAUGAAUAUUAA